GAGCGUGGCCAAUAGACCGGCCAUAUAGACACACCACAAACGCCACGUCUAUAUUGCGCGUACCGACCAUACUUGGCGCGCCGGUAUCGACAAAAGUACCUGUCAUUCAAUAGUCAAUACCUUAGCUCACAGAUACAUAGCGUUGUCGAGGACGCCUCGAAGAUGACUCGUGCUCUCGCGGGCGCGGUAAUAUUCGUUCUCGCGUUCUGCGUGUUUACGCAUGUACGCACCAGCCUUGCCGCCGCCGACCUCGUGGAUUCGGAUCUGCUCGUCAGAAAUGUCGAGCGGCACAUCGACCUGCAUUCCCAGCUGACCAAAACGAACACCCGCGUGGUGCUGGACAACAACAAGGACCGCGCGAUCCGGAGCUUUCUCUUCUGUCUGGACGGCGCUCAGAAGCAGUCCCUCAGCUACAUUGCGGCUCACGUCGAACCCGGUAAGCUCGAGCUCAAGGUGACGGAGACGAAGAUAAAGGAGCACGGCGAUAAGGCUUUCUACACCGUCGAUCUCGGCAACAACUUGGCGCCACGUCGCACUCUCACCAUCGACAUAGAGACGAUACACACGCACGAACUGGUGCCCCAUCCCAAGGAGAUCGCUCAGCAAGAGAAGCAGUUGGUUAAGUAUAUAGGAAACGUAUAUGCUUUCUUACCUUACACCGUUAUGAAACAGACCACGUACGUGGCGUUACCGUCGCGCAACAUCGAGAACUAUACCAAAAUUAAACCAGUCUCCCAGACUGGUUCUUCCAUAACUUACGGACCGUUUGAGAAACAGUCGCCUUUCGCUUACGAGGAACUGAUGGUACACUUCGAGAACAAUAACAAGUUUCUUACAGUCACGAAGCUUCAGAGAACCAUUGAGAUUUCUCACUGGGGUAACAUAGCCGUCGAGGAGAACAUUGAUCUCCUGCAUACCGGCGCCUUGCUCAAGGGACCCUUCUCUCGUUACGAGUACGCCCGAGAGUCCAAAUCCGGACAGGCCAGUAUUCAGAGUUUCGAUACCAUCUUACCCGCUGCCGCUUCCGACAUUUAUUACAGAGAUGAGAUUGGCAACAUUUCCACGUCGCACACUCGCAUCAAGAAGGACUCGGUUGAGGUGAAUCUGAGACCGAGAUUUCCGUUGUUCGGCGGUUGGAAGACACGUUACACCAUCGGAUACAACGUGCCCAGUUACGAGUAUCUGUUUCACUCCGGUGAUCAGUAUACUCUCGAGAUGAGGUUGCUGGAUCACAUUUUCGACGAUAUGGUUGUGGACGAAAUGGUUCUGAAGAUCAUUCUGCCGGAAGGUUCGCGGAACUUGCAGCUGGAACUGCCGUAUCCCGCUACUCGUUUGUCGGAUUCCUUACACUACACGUAUCUGGACGUCACCGGGCGUCCGGUGGUGUCCGUCACAAAGAAGAACCUCGUGGAGAAUCAUAUUCAAAACUUCAGAUUCAAAUACACAUUCCCGCGUUUGCUGAUGUUGCAGGAGCCGCUGCUGGUCGCGGUGGCGCUGUACCUGCUGUUCCUAUUAGUCAUAACGUACGUAAGACUGGACUUUUCCAUUGACAAGGACGAGGCGUCGGAGAGCAAAUUGAGGAUCGCCGGGCAGUGCGAGAAGAUACUCGCCGCUCAGGAUCGCCGGGUCACAUCGUACAACGAGCUGGACGAUCAGCUGGCCUAUCUCAAGACAAACAAGGACGCGAACGCGUUUCUGUCCGCGGUGAAGAGCAUCAAUCAGGAAUACAAGGCCGCCACGAAUGCGCUCAACGAGAUCGCGCAGAAACUGAAGAGCGAGUCUGGCGACGUGUACGACCGCGUUCAGGAGCUGCAAAAGUACGAUCGCUCCCUGAAAGAGCUGUACAACCAGCAGCAGGCGUUGUACGUGGACAAACUGGUCCCGGGCAAGAUUGGCCGUCAGCAGUUCGUCGAGGCGGAGUCGGCGAUCGCCAAGAAGAAGGAGGAGUGCAUCGAGAAGAUCAACACGAUUGUGAAGUCGCUCCAGUAGUAGUCGCAUUCCGCGCGAACGGACUUUAAAGAAAAAAAAUAAAAAUAAAUAAAUAAAACACAAAAUUAUUUGAGAGAACAACGAUGGUGCAUUUUGCAUUACAAUAAUACAAGUUCUCUGUCGCCGCGUGUCUCUGUUGAUAUUCCAUCCUCUCUCUCAGUCAUGUGAAUAAAAAAGGAUUCCAUAUGUUUGUAAACACACACACGCAUCGAGUCAUAAGAACUCAUUAUUACAUUGUAAAUUAAGAUUUUUAAUAAUAAAUGUAUAGGAAAAAGGAACGCAUGUUUUUGUUGUACUUUGUCUGAGUUGUUUCUAUAAAUAAAGAGUUUAUAAGAUUG